CUGACAUUUCCGCUCAAGUCAAAUUAACUUUUCCAUUAACAAUACAUAUUUUCUAUAAAUAUUUAGAUAAAUACAACCAUAUAUUUUAUACGAAAUGGAUGUUAUACAGAAAAUGGAUCAGGCAACAGUCACUGAGACGCCCAAGGCCAAGCGUCGCUCAAAGGAGAAAUUGGCGAAGAUUCUUGAGGACGCCAUAGCCGGCAAUGAUGACCUUAGCAACGCAGGGGGAGGUAAAAAGGGAGCCAAGAUACAUCUAAAACAAAAGGUAGUCCUGUUGUCGGAAGAGAACCAAAAUCUGAGCAAAGCUAUCAACGUGAAAAAUGCGGAGAUAACAGAUUUGAAGCGAUCAGUUCAAUCGCUUAAUGAGGUUCUUAACUCGGUGCCCAUCGAUGAAUUGCGUUGUAAUUCGUCUAUAGCGAGUUCCAAAUUAUUAGAGUUGAGCAAGAAAAAUCGCUUGCUGCGAGCCGAACUGGAAAGCACCAAGAAUAAAGUUAACAAGAAAGAAUUGCAAAUCCAAAAGCUAGAGCGAGACUUAAAACUUCUCGAGGAUAAGCUGCACAAAGGAACCACUGAGACUCCAAAGGAGCCGUCGGAUGAGCUGCGGGUUAAAUUAAACGCUAUUCAGCAGAAGCUCUUCGAGACACGCAAUAAAAAUACCGAAUUACAAAAUCAACUGAAGCUCGCACAAAAGUGUCUGCAGCAAGAAAUCGGAGAAAACUUUAACUUGGCUACAAUGGCAUCGCAGACGCAGAACUCCAACUGGCGUGGACGCGCCCAGCAAAUCAUACAUCUGCAGCAGAAAGUCCACGAAUUAAGGGAGCGCCUGGAAAUCGUAGACAGGCAGUACGCGGAGGGUAUUCCCAUCACCUUUGCCACCGAUGAUGUCCCGCAUGCUGAUUUGGCGGCCUCACACACAGCAAAGAGCGGUGCACGCUCGGCGGGUGGACACGCGGAAGCAAACGUUGCGUCGAAUGUCAGCGCCACCUCCUUCGAUCGCUACAACACAGUCGUGCGAAAAACCGAGAUAUUGCAUCGGGCCAAGGUGGAGGGUCUAGAGAAAGAGAUCGCAUCACUUAAAGCGCAACUAGAAGAGCAGCGAGGCAAGGUGUUGGCACUCAAAGUGCGGAACAAGACGCUCAACGACGAAGUCUUGAAGUACAAAGUAAAGGCGAGUUCCCUGGAAGAACAAACCGAUUAUAACGGCUUGAAUCUGGCGAAUAUGAACGAGAAAAUGAAUGUGCAACGUUACCACUAUGAAAGCCGUUUGGAAGAGAUGGCGAGACAACUAAACGACCUGAAGCGCAUACAUAAGGACGGUGCCUUUCGUGAGGAGGAAUUGCGACUGAAAUUGGAAAACAUGGAAAAUUUGUUACAAAGCAAAGAAACACACAUCGAGGACUUGAAUCAGACAAUAACGCGUUUGGAAACAGAUAUGAAAGCCUUAUCUGGAGGUUUUCUGUUCUCAUGCCGCGAACUACGCAAGGAAGAAUUCAUAACUAUACUCGACUCCUUGGAAGCCGAGAAGAACGAACUGCUCAAACAUAACAAAACACUCGUUGAACGCAGCGAGCAGGAUCGUGCAAAGAACGACACAUUGCACGAACAGCUGGCCAAACAGAAGGUGCGUCUUUCGCGCAUGGAAGCGCGUAUGCGUGAGCUGGAGAAGGAACUUGAGCUACAAUCCGAACGGAAGAAGCGCUCGCAACGCAUCGCAGACUACGUGAGCAGCGUAAAUUCAACCGCAUCCAUGGGCACGUUCGUUUUUGAGAAUACUUCGCAAAAUGCUUUGUCACAAAGAGCUAUCGAUGAGUUCACACCGGCACAGGUGUACCAAAUGAAGCAUGAGCUCGAAUAUGCGCAGGAAAAAUUAGCAUACAUGAGCGAAAAGGUGGCGCAUCUGCAGGAAGAAAAAGAGAAUGACGCGCGCUCUUUUGCGGAGAUUAUCAACAGCUCCAAAGGUGUUGUGCUCGAGACAAUAUUGGGCAAUCGCAGCAAUGCUUCGUUGUCCGUGGAGAUCAGCACCGGCACUUCGGUGUAGAUUCAGCUCUCAUCUAUUGAGGAGUAUAAAAAUAUCAAUUUGGCUGCAGUGGCGUUCGUUUAUGCAAAAAUCUCUUACCAUCUCCGUUUUGAAAUUGCGUAAAAUUUUAUUCAUAAUGCUUCCGUAAUUCAGUUUCUUCCGACCAGCUGAGGGAAACAGCUGUUCCUUGCAGGGUUCACCGUUUUAUUAUGCAAAUAUGCGAAACACUUGGAAUAUUUUCACAUUCAAAUUACUAGUA